CCCCUGCAGCUCUGUCCGCUCUUGAUCCCUGUCCUCCCCGUUCUUUUCAUGAGCGCUUGCAAAGAGGGUGGGUCUACGGUAGUGGGCAAGAAACAGAGGAAAGGGAUGACCGAAAGAAAAAGGAGAUAAUCGAGUCCAAGAUGGAUGGCAACGGUUGGCGUCGUCGGUAUCUGGCGCCUCUCGAAAGGCCACCCGUCCGUCUCUCUUCCCAUUUUCCCCUGCUCUUGGGUACGGCACUACUCGGUACUGCGUGGUAGCUGGUAUUUAGCGGGUGGAGGAGGAGGUACAACAAGUUGUCCAGUUUUAUCACCGGAUCAGCCGUGAUUGGCGUCGGGCGUACCAACAACGGUCCGCCAAUGAGUCGGCUCGUUUGAUUGGUGGUGGUGGUAAUGGUGGACAGACCUUAUUGGCGAUAGACUAUGAAAUGAAGAUGCUGAUGCUUAUUCUGGCCGAGACACCGCAGAAACGGCAAAAGUGCGGCGAAUAUCUGUACGUUGGUAGAAGUGAAACAAGGUCAGAAGGAGCAGAAAGGAAAGGGACAAAAAAGGAAGGAAAAAA